AUGUUUUUAUUUGCCGAUUAUCCAUCUUAUCAGAUCAGAUGUAAAAAGUAUCAAAAUUUUGAAAAUUUAUAUCAAUUUAAGAAAAUGAGGCUAAGAAGCCACACUAAAAAAAUUCUUGAAACUGAAAAUGAUCAAAGAAAAGAACAACCUUCUAGCGAUGUAUAUGAAAUUAAUGAGCCAGAGGAAAAGCAGCAAAUUGAUUUAGAAGACCAAAAAUUAGAUCCGGCAAAGAUUAAGCAUUUGUUGAGUCAAUUUGGCGAAGUAGGAAGGGUUUAUCUUGCACCUGAAGCUCGACGAAUAAAAUAUAAAAAAAAUAGAAAACAAAAUUACACUGAGGGAUGGGUUGAAUUCAUGGAUAAAAAAGUCGCAAAAAAAGUUGCAAAAGUUUUGAACACUCAACCAAUUGGAGGAAAUAAACGUGGUGUUUACCAUGAUGAUUUAUGGAACAUCAAAUAUUUACCAAAAUUCAAAUGGAAUAAUUUAACAGAGCAAAUAGUUUACGAAAAUAGAGAGAGAACGCAUCGUCUUCAAGCCGAAAUUUCUAAAUCUCGAAGAGAAAUCAAAGAUUACGUAAAAAAAGUAGAGAAAUCAAAAAUGAUACGAAAUAUUGAGCAGAAGAAAACAAAGCGUAUGGCUAUAGAAAAUGAAUCUUUUUCCUAA